UCUCUCUCUCUCUCUCUCUCGCUCUCUCUUUUUGAUUCUCUCCUCCAAUACGUCCAAGGAAUUGUGUUUUUUUGUUUUUUUUACGCGAUAACAAUUGCUGAUCUCUCCUUGCUUUUCUGGAUGCCACGAAAUUUGCAGCACACCUAUCUGGUUUCUCUCUCUAAAUAGUGUUCAGAAACUUUAUUCCUUUCCUUGAGCUGUUGGUUCGAGAUACCAAGCUUUCCUCUCUCUGUAAAAGUACCAGCUGUUUUCAGAUACCAAGCUUCAUUUCUCUCUCUCUGUCCAACAACAGCAGGUGUGUGCUUCUCCCCCUUUCACUUGUGUAUUUCUCCUUCAUCUCCAUGAUUGAUUCAAGAUGAAAAAUGGAGGAUAUAAAGCUUGCAGUCUUCAGUCCGUAGAUCGAUUGCUGGUUUUGUAAGGGAAUUCCUUCUCCCCCAGUACUUACAUUAUAAGGAAUAGAUGGCUACACUUCGGGAUAUUGGUGUUUCAGCAGCUGUUAACAUACUCAUGGCAUUUGCAUUCCUUUUGGCAUUUGCAAUAUUGCGACUUCAACCAAUAAAUGAUAGGGUUUAUUUUCCAAAAUGGUAUCUGAAAGGUCUGAGGAGUAGUCCUACCCAUUCUGGAGUAUUUGUGAGCAAAUUCGUCAAUUUGGACUACAGAUCAUACAUAAGGUUUUUAAAUUGGAUGCCUGAAGGACUUAGAAUGCCUGAACCUGAACUUAUUGACCAUGCUGGACUUGACUCUGCUGUUUAUCUUCGAAUUUAUCUUCUUGGCCUUAAAAUAUUCGUUCCUAUAAUGAUCCUCGGUUUUGCAAUCAUAGUUCCAGUAAAUUGGACAGAUGGAACUUUGGAGCAUUCAAAUGUUACUUUUAGUGACAUUGACAAGCUUUCUAUCUCGAAUGUUGGGGAUGGGUCAAAAAGGUUUUGGACCCAUGUGGUUAUGGCUUAUGUGUUCUCAUUGUGGACGUGUUAUGUGUUACUUAAGGAGUACGGAAAUAUCGUGUCAAUGAGAUUACAUUUUCUUGCGACUGAACGUCGUCGUCCAGACCAAUUUACGGUACUUGUGAGAAAUGUGCCACCGGAUUCUGAUGAAUCAGUUAGUGAGCAUGUUGAUCACUUCUUUCGUGUGAACCAUUCUGAUCACUAUCUCACCCAUCAGGUAGUUUACGAUGCAAACAGACUUGCAAAUCUGGUCAAACAAAAGAAAAGGCUACAGAACUGGCUCGACUACAAUCAGAAUAAAUACCUUCGGAAUCCAUCUGAAAGACCAACUAGAAAGACUGGAUUUUUGGGUCUUUGGGGGGAAAAGGUUGAUAGCAUAGACUUUUACACUGCUGAGAUCGAGAAGCUAUCCAAGGAAGAAGCAGCAGAGCGUGAGAGGGUUAUGAGCAGUCCUAAGUGUAUUAUGCCAGCGGCAUUUGUUUCAUUCAGGACUCGCUGGGGGGCUGCCGUUUGUGCACAAACACAACAAUCCAGAAAUCCCACAAUAUGGUUAACCAACUGGGCUCCGGAGCCUCGUGAUGUUUAUUGGCAUAAUCUUGCAAUCCCAUUUGUUUCACUGACAAUUAGAAGGCUGAUUGUUGCUGUGGCAUUCUUUUUUCUGACAUUCUUCUUUAUGAUACCUAUUACCUUUGUUCAAUCCCUUGCAAAUAUUGAGGACAUUGAAAAGGUUGCUCCUUUCUUGAAGAAGAUUAUAGAAAAAAAGUUUAUCAAGUCAUUAAUUCAAGGAGUUCUGCCUGGACUGGCCCUGAAGAUUUUUCUUAUCCUUUUGCCUACUAUCUUGAUGUUGAUGUCUAAAUUUGAAGGCUAUAUCGCUGUGUCAAUCUUGGAAAGAAGAGCAGCUGCUAAAUACUAUCUUUUCCAACUUGUUAAUGUCUUCCUUGGAAGCAUAAUUGCUGGGACUGCAUUUCAACAGCUUCAUACUUUCAUUCAUCAACCUGCAAAUCAAAUCCCCAUAACUAUUGGUGUCUCAAUUCCUAUGAAGGCAACCUUUUUCAUAACCUAUGUUAUGCUUGAUGGUUGGGCUGGAAUUGCUGCAGAGAUUCUAAGGUUGAAACCUUUAGUUAUAUAUCAUUUGAAGAACUUUUUUCUUGUUAAGACAGAAAAAGAUAGGGAGGAGGCUAUGGAUCCUGGAAGUCUUGGUUUUAACUCAUCAGAACCCCAAAUACAGCUUUAUUUUUUGCUCGGCCUUGUUUAUGCAGUGGUUACUCCCGUUCUACUUCCCUUCAUAGUUGUGUUUUUCGGCUUUGCUUAUGUGGUUUUCCGUCAUCAGGUUAUAAAUGUCUAUAAUCAAGAAUAUGAAAGUGGAGCAGCAUUCUGGCCUGAUGUCCACGGUCGUAUCAUUACUGCCUUAGUAAUAUCUCAGUUGCUAUUAUUGGGAUUGCUAAGUACAAAGCUUGCUGCUCAGUCAACACCCUUGCUUCUAGCACUUCCAGUUUUGACCAUUUGGUUCCAUAGAUUUUGCAAGGAUCGUUUUGAGUCGGCAUUUGUUAAGUUCCCACUAGAGGAAGCAAUGAUCAAAGAUACACUGGAACGGGCAACUGACCCAAAUCUGAAUCUGAAAGGGUAUCUCAGCAAUGCUUACAUUCAUCCAGUCUUUAAGGGUGGUGAAGAGAGUGAUUCUGUUUCAUUAGCAGAUAUCGAGCAAGAUGAGGCACUGGUACCCACGAAACGCCAGUCUCGAAUGAACACGCCUCAACCGAGCAAAUACAGCUCAUCAUCCUCCUCACAUCUGGAGCUGCAACAACUGUAAAAUACAAUGCAGCUUUAUGUAUAAUGGCAUCCCAACUGUACAAUACUUCUAUGUAAACAGUUGUACAAAUGAGAAGAAAAGACCGGUUAGCGAGAACGGAGAAUGUGACACUAGUCUUUUCUGUCAUCUUUCUCUAUAUCAAAUACUGAUGUAAAUUUAAUGUUUGUUGUUGUUGUCAUGUUUGAAUUUUGGAGAAAUUCAUCAAAGGCCGGUCUAUUCUUUUUUCAAAACUACAUUAUUCAAUGAAACUCAAAUUGCUUCGAA